AUGGGAGUGAAGGCUAAUGGUCGGCAGCUACACCAUUUGCGCUUUGCUGAUGACGUCGUACUGAUAACACCUAGCAUCAGCCAAGCGGAACGAAUGCUGAGCGAAAUCGACGAAACAUGUGGAUGUGGCCUUCAGCUAAAUCUGAAAAACACGACGUUCAUGCGUCGGGAAAUAAUUAUGAAGAACGACCCAAUCCCCGUGCUUGGUAGGAGGAAACGAACGGCUUGGGGAGCGUAUAAGAGCAUCGAGAAUGUAGAGAAGAAGGCUAGGAGCACGAGGCCCCGUGGUCACCUCUUCAACACCACCGUACUUCCUGCUUUGAAAGCCUUAGCAUUUCGCAAGCAGAAAGAAAACGCGGUGAGCAUCAUUGAACGCGCAAUUGAAAGAGUUAUGCUAAGAGUAUCCCGCUUGACGCAAGUGAAGGAUGGGAUUCGAGGUUCUCUCCUACGUCAGCGAUCGAUGAUUAGAGACGCCGCCGCGUUUGCCAAAGUAAAAUAA